UUCCGUUGCCCGGCGGAAGUGUGAGUCGCAAGGACGGCUUUGGGAGGAAUCGGCUAUCCGCUGUUCGCACCGCCGGAAUCAUGUCGAGUUUGGCGGUGAGAGACCCGGCAAUGGAUCGAUCACUCCGUUCUGUGUUCGUGGGGAACAUUCCCUAUGAGGCAACUGAGGAGCAGUUAAAGGACAUUUUCUCAGAGGUUGGUUCUGUUGUCAGUUUCCGGCUGGUAUACGAUAGAGAGACGGGGAAACCCAAGGGUUAUGGCUUCUGCGAGUACCAAGACCAGGAGACUGCGCUCAGUGCCAUGCGUAACCUCAAUGGGCGGGAGUUCAGUGGGAGAGCGCUUCGGGUGGACAAUGCAGCCAGUGAAAAGAACAAGGAGGAGUUGAAGAGUCUAGGGCCUGCGGCGCCCAUUAUUGACUCACCCUAUGGGGACCCAAUCGAUCCGGAAGACGCCCCUGAAUCGAUUACCAGAGCAGUCGCCAGUCUUCCUCCCGAGCAGAUGUUUGAGCUGAUGAAACAGAUGAAGCUCUGUGUCCAAAACAGUCACCAAGAAGCUCGAAAUAUGUUACUUCAGAACCCGCAACUGGCUUAUGCGCUGUUGCAGGCACAAGUAGUAAUGAGAAUCAUGGAUCCAGAGAUUGCUCUGAAAAUUCUGCAUCGCAAGAUACAUGUUACGCCACUCAUCCCAGGCAAAUCUCAGCCUGUCUCUGGCCCUGGCCCUGGCCCUGGCCCUGGCCCUGGUCCUGGCCCUGGCCCUGGCCCUGGUCCUGGCCCUGGCCCUGGCCCUGGGCUUUGCCCAGGACCUAAUGUUCUGAUGAACCAGCAGAAUCCUCCAGCCCCUCAGCCUCAGCAUUUGGCUAGAAGACCUGUGAAGGACAUUCCUCCUUUGAUGCAGACUCCUAUCCAGGGUGGAAUUCCAGCUCCAGGGCCAAUUCCAGCUGCAGUUCCUGGACCUGGUCCUGGUUCCCUAACUCCUGGAGGAGCAAUGCAGCCCCAGGUUGGAAUGGCUGGGGUUGGACCGGUGCCUUUAGAACGGGCACAAGUGCAGAUGUCAGAUCCCAGAGCUCCUAUGCCUCGUGGACCCAUGACUGCUGGUGGCCUGCCUCCUCGAGGACUGCUAGGAGAUGCUCCAAAUGAUCCACGUGGAGGGACUUUGCUUUCAGUCACUGGAGAAGUAGAGCCCAGAGGUUACCUGGGCCCACCACAUCAGGGCCCGCCCAUGCACCACGCCUCUGGUCAUGAUAGCCGGGGCCCUUCCUCACAUGAGAUGAGAGGAGGGCCAAUAACAGAUCCCAGACUGCUACUUGGAGAACCCAGAGGGCCCAUGAUAGAUCAGAGGGGUCUACCGAUGGAUGGUAGAGGGAGCAGAGAUUCUCGAGCGAUGGAGGCUCGAGCUAUGGAAACUGAGGUCUUAGAGACGCGAGUAAUGGAGCGAAGAGGAAUGGAACCUUGUGCAAUGGAAACCAGAGGGAUGGAAGCAAGAGGCAUGGAUGCAAGAGGACUGGAGAUGAGGGGCCCUGGCCCCAGUUCAAGAGGCCCCAUGGCUGGAGGAAUCCAGGGUCCUGGGCCCAUUAGUAUGGGAGCAGGUGGCCCACAGGGACACAGACAGGUCCCAAGCAUUUCAGGGGUGGGGAAUCCUGGAGCUGGCAUGCAGGGGGCAGGCAUGCAAGGAGCCGGAAUGCAGGGAGCAGGCAUGCAGGGUGCAGGAAUGCCAGGCACCGGUAUGCAGGGAGCAGGAAUACAAGGAGGAAUGCAAGGGGCAGGUAUGCAGGGAGGAGGGAUGCAAGGAGGAAUGCAGGGGGCAGGCAUGCAAGGAGUGAGCAUACAAGGAACAGGCAUGCAGGGGGCAAGCAAGCAAGCUGGAGGUCAACCUAGCAGUUUUAGUCCUGGGCAGAGCCAGGUAACUCCACAGGAUCAAGAAAAGGCAGCUUUGAUCAUGCAGGUUCUUCAGCUGACCGCAGAUCAGAUUGCCAUGCUGCCUCCUGAGCAAAGGCAGAGUAUUCUGAUUUUAAAGGAACAAAUCCAGAAAUCCACAGGAGCUUCUUGAAAGGUUUUACAAAUACUUGGCUACAGAGUCAAGGUCUGUUCUGUAGCAUAGAGAAUGGAUGCAGAAAGCUUAACAUCUGCAUCCCCACACUUGAAUGAUUAGGGUUUCCUUUUGUCUUAGAACCUAAUCCUGUCUAUUUUUUGCAGUAUUCCUUUUUAUUUUUAAUUUUGAGUACAGGGGAGGAGGGAGUGGGUUGUUCACUUUAAGUCACUGUAAUUAUACAGAAAUAACUUUGAACAUGAUUAUACCAAAUAAGAUUACAAAGAGUAUGCAGCAAUAUGUGUCUAAAGUAUGUUAACUACACUUUUAAAAUAUGGAGUAAAAAUUUGUGAACACUGCACAUAAAGACUAACAGGUGACUUGUUAAAAUGGUAAUGUACAGGUAGUUUAACAUUUUGGGUUGUAUAACAAAAUAAGAAUUUGCCUGAAAGUUAAAACAUAUUUUUUGUAAAACAUUUAAAAUACAAAAUCCUAUGGGGGUGGGAUGGGGACAGUAGAAUGCUUAUUAGGUUAAACAUUGUUUUAGUGUUUGGAAUUAUUUUAAAACAUUAGAGCUAAUAGAGUAAGUUUAAACUUGUGGUAUUGGAAUUGUUGUUUUUUUUCCUAAAGCUAUAUUACCUGGAAAAUCAAGGAACGCAUCUGGUUUGAUGGUUGCUUUUUUUCCACCCUUCAGAGACCAACAAAAUUCUUGCCUGGCCAUGAGUGUGACGACUUUGUUAAGAUUGACUGGGUUACUUAAGUCUGCUCUGAUGAGACCCAGUACUUUCUCAAUACCUUUAUAUUUCUCAGUCAUCUUUUCAGUACUAAUUCUGAGUUUGAAAAACAUCUUUUUCAAAAAUCAGUGUCUAGGAACCUGUUGAUCUGGAAGAGUUAUUCACAGUAUUGGGCUUUUUUAUAAAUAGUAGAACAUUUUAUUCAGUAAAGCUCUUCAUUUCCCUACAACUGGCUUCCAUAUGCAGACAGUCAACCAGAACCAGGAGUUGACGAUCUUAGUCUCAACAACAUAAACAUGUCUUUUAUUUUCUUAUUUUUAUAGUCAGCUUUUCUGUGACAACAUUGAAUAACUGAAGCCUAGGCAGGUAUAGAUACUCACAGCCUGAAUUCCCUGCUCAGUUGACUAAUUAAGCUUUUUCCAAGUAACAAAUCCAUUUUGUUCUAAUACAUAUAUAUACCCAUAAGAUCCAUUUAAAUAUCAGUAGGAAGGGGGGGCUUAUCACAUUUCCUUUCAAGCUACUACCUAAUUAAUUUAUAAGUCUUAAGGAUUUGGACACAAAUACUGCUAUUAGACCAAGUAGUAAUUAACAGAAGUAUAAACUUCCAAUUAAUUAGGUGAUCCUACUCUGGAGAAGGAAAAAAUAACUACUUAGGGAAGACAUAACAAUACAGAGAGCUGAGACUUGGAAAUUGAGUUGUUUUCUAUUUGCAAAUGCUUUUACAUUUAAAUAGAUAAUUCACAUUCUUUUCAAAAAAGUUUUCAUCCCUAUGUUGUUUCUGAGCACCUUUUUAUUCUUGGUUGUUCCUAUUAAUUUUCCCAUGUUUUCUGUUUGCUUCCUCUAUAUUGAUAAGAAAAACAUCCAUUUAUAUGUGUGAUAAUUCUGGUUCAUAACAGUUCUCAAGGUUGGCUUGAUUACUUUGAAAUUCCAGUUGCUUUAUCUCUAAGUUUUCCCUGAAUGGCUCCAUGGCAAAAACUUAAAUGUGAUGGUCUUUGUUCUAGUAAAAUUUCUGCGUUGUUUAAUGUAGACUAAAUAAAAAGAAUGUACAAUUCAG